AUGGCGCUCGCAGACGUCGAAGUAUUCGAAGACGCAGUUCCUCUGGUUCGUAGCUGUCCAGCCCUCAACGAGAUUCGCACUUCGGGAGAAUUGAAUGAGCUCGUCAUAGAGGUAGCUGUCUUUUCUGUUACCGUUCUUUACACGGCAAUUUGUUCAUGCUUGUUAGGUGAAAGACGGCGCUAUUCUCAAUGCCCAUCGAAUAAUACUAGCAGCUCGCAUUCCGUCAUUGCGUGCUACUCUCAGUGGCGCCCUCGGGAAGGAUAAUUCGGUGCUAAAAUGGCCGACGGUGCCUCUGAAGUAAAAUCAUCCUCCUCUCUCUGAUUUUGCUUUUGCACUUUCUAGCCUCGCAAAUUCAAUCAUCCAGUAUGUGUACACCGGGCAGUUGGAGGUGACCCAAGCGAAUGCGAUGGCCAUAGUGAUGUUUGCGAAAAUGAUGAAACUGUCUGAUCUGGAGAAUUGGGGAGUGCAAUUCAUGGCCAGUAGGUAAGCAAGUGCCGGUUCUUUCUGUCUAACUGUCGGCUGUAAAGAGUGAAUUUAGAAAAUCUGGCAACCACAUGGGACUUUGCCAAAUCUAUGCGCAUGGGAUCCCUGAUGGAGACUUGCAUCAAUCUGAUGCAAGAGCAGUUUAGGAGUUUCGUUUCUUCUGACCUCUUUGUUCGCCUGCCAGCUGACACUGUGCUGACUUUGUUGCAAAACGACAAUCUGUCAGUGGACUCCGAAGAGGCAGUUUUUGAGGCGAUUUCAAGCUGGGUGGGUGCCGGCGAUAAAGAGUGCGAUAACGAGAGACUGAGAUUGCACGCCCCCGACAUGUUAAAGGAGGUUCGUUGGUGUCAGACAACACUCCAAUUCCGCAAUCGCCUAGUCGAUAGUCAUCCAAUUUUCCAGGAUAGCACAAGCUGUGCGUAAGUAAAUGUUGUUUCAGUUCGUCAUUUAUUUUCUAAUGAAAGUCGUUUUAUGGCUCUGGUGGAACAGUGGAUUAGCAACACAGACAAGGACAAGCCUCCGUGUCCCUUCAACCGACGUCGGAGACCGCUUCAGACGAUCUUCUUCGUAUUUGGGAAGGACAAAAGUCGGGACAGGUGGUCUGUCCUGCGUUUCGAUCCGCAGCUGGAAAAGGAAGAGAGGAUUGCUGACAUGGAGAAGCGUGAAUGGGCCUCCUACAGUGUCGUGGGCGGUGAGUUGCCUGACAGUUAGGCACCGCCUCUUCUGCGCACCUGCCUUGUUUUCCUCUUUGUCUAAUUUCACCAGUUGGUGUCCCUUUUUGCCAGAAUUAUAACAAACACACACAGUCCUGCCAGUAAAGCUGUCAUCGCCACACAAUGCAAAGGAUUGCAGUAGUAGCAGUAAUUGAGGGGUUUUGAGGUCUCGGAGUUGUCCAUUCGUCUGGCCUGUCCCGACGCGUUUGCUGUUUUCCGUCUUCGAUUUACCCAACCGUGUCUCCACCUGGCUGGUUUGUGUCCGUCACUAGCGGCCACUCAACUGGGAGAUUUGUGCAUCCACGUCUUUUUGUCCGACGAUGAUAUUCUCCCUCUUUCUGUCAACUACAUGCCUUUUUUAUUUUAUCUUUCCACUUUAUCUUUCCUCCGCGCAAUUUUAUGAAAGUUUUUUCUAUCCCACCCCACCCCCACGGAAGAGAGCAUUUUCGUGGUUGGAGGAGACACUGCGCAACAGGAACACUCAACGAGUGUCGAGGAGUUUCUGGUGGCAGAACGGCGCUGGCGCAAACGGGCGUCCCUCGCCGUUGGACGUUCGUACCACGCUGCCGCAGUCCUGACGGAAGCCGGAGGGGAGACGCUUAUCGGCGUUUUCGGUGGAUGGGGUAACGGUGGAUGCCUUUCCUCUUGUGAAGUCUAUGAAGUCAGUCGGGACAGGUGAGAGCACAUUCGUCCUGGCGCCUCCUUUUUUUCUUGCAAAAUCUUCCUGCUUUGCCUCCUCACGCGUCUCCUCCUCCUCCCCAACACAGGUGGUUCAAACUGCCCGAUCUGCGAGAGAAGAGGAACGCCCCGGCAGCUGCCUGCCUGCCCGGCGACAGUCGAAUCUUCGUUUUUGGCGGUUAUAAUGGCUCCUCCUGCCUGGCUUCUGUGGAGUUCUGCCACCUGCGAGCAGACUGGCGAGAGAGGGCUACCUCGUCGGACUUUUGGCAGCCAGCCGCACCCAUGAGAACUGCACGAGGCGGGCUGGCAGCGACACACUUUCGGGGGAAAAUCAUUGUCGCCGGGGGAUUAGAUGAUGGUGAAAAAUAUCUAGACGUGGUGGAGAUGUUCACACCACCAGAUGCCAGGUGUCCCCAGGGCCAGUGGACAGAGCUGGCCGGCAUGAAGGAACCCCGCGCGUUUUUCGCUCUUCUCACCUCCACCGACGACGCCGUCUUUGCUCUCGGUAAUGAUGCCUCCUUCCUCCUUUGCUCUACACUGACUGCAUUCCUUCUCCACUCUCCUCUCUCUUUCAUGCCAUUCAAUGGCCUUUUCUGUGUAAGUCCUUUUUAUGAGGAAGAUUAAGACAGUCCGUAUGAUAACAACCAUGUGAAAAUGUGACUUUGCAUGGCGUUUCGUAAACACAACGAGGUUAGGGCCGAUGGUAGUCCGUUUGAAGUGCAAAUCGUCUGCUUAUUAAAGUAGAUCUUUUUACGAGAAUUAUGCAGCCGACUGGUUAAAGCGUCUUCAGUAGAUACUGCGUUCGAAACUUACUCAGUCUACUCUGAGUUUUAUUGAAAUAAAUUUUUGUCUAGCGGUAUUGUGCAAAUCGUAUGCUAAUUUUGUCUAUUUUGAUACUUAUGAAAAUAGAAUUUCACUGGAAUUAUUCACAAUUUGCAGGUUGCUGGCGUGGAUCAGGAAACACAGUGGAGACUUUCACGGCACCAGGCGUGCCAGCUGAUGUCAGCAACGACUUGACAGCUUGGAGCUGGUCGUCGAAGAAACCACUGGAGACGCUCGAAGAGAUCGCUGGAGCUGCAAGCAUUCGCAUGUAAACUUCUGCGUUUCUUGAUGAUCCUUCUAUGACCCACAUGUUAAGAAAUAAACGACUUACAAUGAAACCUGUUUUGUCGUUUUUUUGAAAACGUCGUUGCAAACAGAAAUACGAUUAACUGAAUCGGCACUAUCUACUUGGGAAGGCCCUGCUUCAUGUUGCGUACCAGGUGGACAGUUAGUUAUUACGGGCGCACCUCGAGUUGGUGGCCUCUGGACCGUGAGGGGGGGCCUGCGCGCCUGACGAAAGAAAAUCGAUCGUGCUCGAUGGAUGACGCAGCUGGCAGAUUUCGCCAGAUGGCCGAAUGCUGAAUGCGAGUAGAUGCGCCCCUAGAUGACCUUGGCAGCAGGUAGUCAGUGGCCUGAUGCGCUGGAUCAACACCCGAGCUAGAUCGGGGCUUGUCUGGCGUUAAUUGCAAACGUGCACUCAGGAAAUGUCAACAUUUUGUCCGACUUUCUGACAUACGUAGACUUUGUCCUUGCUAGAUAUCCACAUUUCCUUUAAAAAUUGAAAACAAGCAUGUACAGCAGAAUUUAUUGGGGCCAAUAAAUUUCGUGACGGCUUUUCAACUGCAGCCCGUCUCUGUAUAACAUAGGUAACGAAUAAAAGCGGCCAGCAGUAUGAAUUUGUACAUUAAAAAUAUCAGUUACCGAUGUCAGAAAUGCCAGAGUCGGUUACAAAAACAAAAGACUGUGUUAUUACGUAAAACACGGUUAGAUCACCGCCAGUCACAAUUUGGACAUAUCUACUCGAAAGAUCAUCAGACGAAGUGCGAAUAUUUGGAGGAGUGCAGACGUCAUUAUCAAGAAUAUGCUUGUGAUAGUACAGGAAUUUCAGUCCUUGCCUAUUUCACCCUCUGUGCGCCCCCCAACUUCAAUCUGUUGCUGUCCUUGUUCGAAAAUGAGCUUGAAAGCUCUAGUGAACAUUACGUUCGCCUUAGUGAUCGAGUGAUUUUCCUCACAGUAAAAUAAUACCGUUAAGGAAGCUCGAGUCCUGAAAAUUAAGUGGGUUCGGUCUCCGAAGUUGCUCCUAAGAGAAACCGCAGUCUUCUGUAUACUUGCAUGAUUACCUCCGACAAGGAAGGCGUUACUAUUCAGUCAUUGUGAAUAUCGGUAAUUUGUCAUCAAAAGCCUUUUUACAUUCGACGUGAAACAAAUGCGAUGGAGUUGUGAUUAACAACGAAACACGCCAGUCCAAGGCUAAAUUAGUGCAGCUUCCUCAAUCUGCAUUAGUGUUCCACCGAACAUAAGUGCAAGAUGCCCAGUCAAGUUCGAAUUCACUGAAUGAUCACGUCCAAAACGAGUCUCUAACGUACUUAAUGGUUUCAUGUUUUUCAGCUGUGCGCGUUGGUAUAUUCGCAUAAAUUAGAGAUGCAUAAUCCAGGACAGCAAACCAAGGGUGGGUAAGAGAAGAUGCGGAAAAUGAAAUAAUGAUUUCUGAUUUUAGACACUUGUACAUUGAAACGGUAAACACAUGGUUAAUUUUAAAUUAGGCACAGUUAUUUACAGGUGCUAGCCUGCAAGUCGGUCCACGAUGAAGUCGACGAGCUCUGUAAGGAGUGGAGUUACCUAUGUUAAAACUCGUCGUAGCGGAAUGUGCAUUAAAUAAACAAACUUCUUUUAUUAACCUCCUACACUGUUAUAAUAUAGAAACAGUCUGACAUCCGGCGAUCGGACACGGAUAUUUGCAUCCGUGUGGGACAUUUCGAGAGGGAAAUCGAUGUUAUAAAGUAUACAAAUGGCAAACAGCCCACAUGUACACGAAUGCGUUCACAGACAAUUCAAGUAUUGUGAAUUGACAUGAAUCGGACGCGCAGUUUCGAUUGCAGUGUGUUUGACACGGCCAAGUGCUCAGAUGGCUAAACAAGAUACUGCCGGUUUCGUCGAUGAUAGAUAGGUGGAUAUUUCUCAUUGAUAGAGAAACCUUGGUAUUACUGCCAGACUAAAACUAAGCACAACAAAAUCGGCAGUUGGCAUAGUUUAUGUGUGUGCUUUUUAAUGCUUUAAAAGGCUCCUUGCAGGUAGACCGCACACAGGUAUACACAUACCUGCACAAUUAAUUCAAGCCCUGAGAAGUGAAGUUAAACGAAAGUUCGAUUUCGAUAGAUUGGUGCAUUACACGACCUGGUAAUUAAAUGUCUAGAAAAGGUACUGCCAGUUAAGACUACGUGGGAGUAUUGUGAACGGUUCAGUAGUAGUUCUACCAGACAAAUAAUCAACCAGGGUCUCUUAAAUAUGCCAAUGUGAACAGAUCGGGGUCUGCCUUGCAUUAAUUGAAAAAGGGCACUCAGCAAUUUGCAGCAUUAUGUCGACUUCAGCCCGAAAGAAAAACCACAUUUCUAGCAAAAAUUCCAGUUUCCAAAAUCAUAGAAUUGCCAAAGUCGGUUUUUAGAACAAAGGAUGAGGUUAGUAUUUAAAAAACAGUUAGAUCGUUAACAGUCACAAUUUAAAUAUAUUUGCUCGGGAAAUCGUCAAACGAAUUACACAAAGCUAAGUGAAUGCGGACGUUAUGAUUAUAUACAUUCGCAUAAUAGCAUAGGAAUUGCAGCUUAUAAAAAUCUCACCCUCUGUACGUCCCCGACAUAAGUCUGUCGCUGUCCUUGCCGAAAAGGGAUCGGGAAGCUCAAUUGAACUUUAUUUUCGUCCAAGCUAUCGAGUGAUUCUCCUCACAUCAAAAUGAGACUGCUAGGAAUGCUUUACCUCUGAAAAAUAAGUGGGCUCAGUCUCCGAAGUUUCUCCUAAGCCUAACUAGUGGGAUUCGAACCCACGACAGCAAAGAGAGGCUUUAGUACAGCCAACGAUCUAGCCACCUGAGAUACGAGGCCCCACCGGACGACGCGAGUUUAAUCACAUCUAAAUCACGUUUACCCGUCCGAUCUUCUGCAACGUCUGAAAUCCACCAAAUCGGAUACAGUAGGCUGACUGUCCAGGCAUGAUUUCCUAAUUUAUACAUCUAAAAUCCACCAGAUGGCUACGGGUCUCACGUAAUUCAUAGGUAUUUUGGCAGAUACGAUUAUUGUAGCGUCGUCCGAUGGAGCCUCUUAGGUCAGUUGGCUAGAGCGUUGGCUGUACUAAGGCUUCCCCUUACUGUUGUGGGUUCAUGCCCCACGGAGGCGCCGAGUAUUUCAUAUGCGUACCAAAGUGACUCGUCUGUUUACUUGAGUUUAAUACGGCAAUAUCAACACUAGUCGGCCAAGCUGUAAUACGCUCGCCUUGCCAGUCAAAUAAGGAGAUAUGGAUUACUUGACAUAGUUAAACCCUUGCUGCCAUGGGUUCCAGUCCAAACGUGGCACCGAGGUUUAACAAUUCACUCAACGUGGAUGCGUGAGACUUAAGGAAUUAUACUCUGCAAGCUGAAGGGGCUCUCGGUUCUGGCGGAUAGGCAAUUUUAGAUUUUACAGUGGUUAUACCUUCAGGUGUGGCACAACACUGACGAGUUGGGUAAACUCCCCGAGAGCUGGUUGCAAAACUGCAGAUAUGUAUUUCCUCUUACGAAUGUUGCACUCAUUGCAUUAGGGCUACUGUCCUCAUUUUUCACAAACCAAGUGACAGACGCGAACAGAUCACGCCACUUUGGGUGCACCGAUUUGUACUAAAAUCUACUGAUUCGAUGCGGAGGGAGGGAGGGAGCUGGCUGGGUAGCGUUUCGUAUGUGCAGAUUGCAAGCGUGCUGGUGUUGCGUGAUAUCAGGGUGGCGCAUCGAUUCCCGUGAAAGAAGAGGAUGACGCACUCUCUACUCGAUCUUCUCUUCAGUCUCACAGCGACUGUCGCCCUGAACUACGUUAGCCCUUCGUCGAAGCUUGAUGUAGCCACAGGUGAUCCAGAUGGUGGUGUGGAAUCGCUGUCUUUCAAGUGCUGUUUGUUACAUUAAGUCUGCCCUAGAGUGCGUUGUCGAUCAGGGUUAGGCAAACACCGGGUGAAAUUGCACUGCUUGAAAACUGCACAAGGUUCGUUAAAAUACAGGCUUAUGGUUUGAUCUUGGGAAGGAUAGAUGACGGUGGCGUAAGUGACAGAGUGAGAUCGAGAGGGAUUAAAUCAGAUGAUACGUCGGCUCCACGGUGGCAUGAAGGCGCGAGUCCCAGACAUUUGACCUGACAGGAUAUGUCAAGGUAUACGACCCCUAGGUAAGCUGAAUAUUGCCCUGUUGUCUUUCUCCGCUCACCAUCUGCAUUUCAGCAAUGAGAUAGCUCAGCGACUAGACAAUCUAACGAUCGCCGCCGCCGCCGCAGACGAGAACAGCUCCGUGGAGAACUGCUGGGACACAAUCCAGUCGCAGACGCUGGCCGUCAACGGUCGCGCACCCCGCCACCUACAACCUGCACUCCGAGAUCGACCGACUGCAAAAAGCCUGCAUAGACCACCCCACCGACGACGAAGACGACAACAAAGCAGCAUUCUCCCGUUGCCGCCGCCUUGUGCAAAAGCGGCUGCGCAAGAUGCAGAACGCACGGACUGCCGCAAGGCUUAGAAGAUCCAAGGGUACGCGGACCACAACGAAUGGAAGAAGAUCUUUACCAUCCAAGCAAUCUACUGUCCGCCCGCCAAAGGUAUUGCACCUCUCCUCGGCGCCAACUGAAUAACCACGUUCACCGUGAAGACACAAAUUCUGCAGCGAUUGGCUGAACAAUUCCGCGGCGUCCUCAAUCGCCCCUCCAACAUCUCCGACACCGCCAUCGCCCGCCCGCCCCACGUGAAGACCAACGCCAAUCUUCACCUCCCACCAUCUCUCCACGAGACUAUCCGGGCCGUGCAGCAGCUCUGCAGCGGGAAAACGCCCGCAUCGGAUGCGAGCUCUGCGGAGGUCUACAAGCAUGAUGGUCCCCAAUUCAUGGAGCAUCUGGCAGCAUUGUUCUAG